UUGACUUUGCACAGCGACUUGUGGCCUAAAACGAAGCAGAUAGGCAAGGGCGAGGCUGUGGUUGGUUGCUGACAGAAACACAAAAGCUCUCUGAUUCCCCAUAGCGAUAAAUCUGCGCGCUGCAGCGUCUGUUUCAGUGUGCUGUUCCCGGGUCCAUGUUGAAGUUUAUCUGUCCGGACUUUCUGCUCGGCUGGGUCGUUUCAGGGCACGCGCCGCGUUCGCUCACCUCCGUCUCGCGGCUCGUAGGUGUGCAGCAGGUGCUUCCCUGGAGGAGAGCGAGCAGAGGGCCAGGUGUUCGUCGUCCCAGUCGCAGGGACCAUUCCAGCACCACAGGUUCCAGCAGUGCAAAGCUCUCCACAGAGGACCUGAUUGUUGAAGGACAGUAAAGUGUACUGGGGUCAGAGGAGGGUGUGAGAAUGAUGUCUUGGCCCUGAGUCGUAGCAGUAUGUCAGAACAAGCAGCCAAAGGUCAUCCCAGGUGGAAACUUGAACUCAUGCUGGCUGGGUACAUACCAAGUUACUUGGACAAGGACGAGUUGUGUGUAGUGUGUGGUGACCGAGCUACAGGCUACCAUUAUCGCUGCAUUACCUGUGAGGGGUGCAAGGGUUUUUUCCGUCGGACGAUCCAGAAGAACCUUAAUCCCACGUACGCCUGUAAGUACGAGGCGAAGUGCGUCAUCGACAAGGUGACCAGGAACCAGUGCCAGGAGUGUCGAUUCAAAAAAUGCAUCGCCGUCGGCAUGGCAACGGACUUGGUGUUGGAUGACAGCAAGCGUCUGGCCAAGCGGAAGCUGAUUGAGGAGAACCGCGAGCGGCGGAAGAGGGAGGAGCUUCAGAAGACUGUGUGGGAGAAGCCGGAGCCGACGCAGGGCGAGUGGGAGCUCAUCCGCGUGGUGACCGAGGCCCACAUGGCCACCAAUGCCCAGGGCAACCACUGGAAGCAGAAACGCAAAUUCCUGGUGGAAGAAGCUAUGCUACUUAAUGAAAUAACUUGUAAUUUAUUCUAUACUUCUGACCAGAGUGACGUGCGUGUGAAGGAGUCGAAGCCAGAGGACAUUGGUCAAGCGCCCAUCGUCAACGCCCCCGAAGGAAACAAAGUGGAUAUUGAGGCCUUCAGUCAGUUUACAAAAAUUAUUACUCCUGCCAUCACAAGGGUGGUGGACUUUGCCAAAAAGCUGCCUAUGUUCUGUGAGCUGCCUUGUGAAGACCAGAUCAUCCUGCUGAAAGGCUGCUGCAUGGAGAUCAUGUCACUGCGGGCGGCGGUACGCUACGACCCCGAGAGCGAGACGCUCACGCUCAACGGCGAGAUGGCCGUGACCCGGGGGCAGCUGAAGAACGGGGGGCUGGGCGUGGUCUCCGACGCCAUCUUCGACCUGGGCGUGUCCUUGUCAUCCUUCAACCUGGACGACUCGGAGGUGGCGCUGUUGCAGGCUGUCAUCCUCCUGUCCUCAGACCGCCCGGGCCUGACGAGCGUGGAUCGUAUCGAGCGGUGCCAGGAGGAGUUCCUGCUGGCCUUCGAGCACUACAUCAACUACCGCAAGCACAAGGUAGCGCACUUCUGGCCCAAGCUCCUGAUGAAGGUGACGGACCUGCGCAUGAUCGGGGCCUGCCACGCCAGCCGCUUCCUGCACAUGAAGGUGGAGUGUCCCACCGAACUCUUCCCCCCACUCUUCCUGGAAGUGUUUGAAGACUGAGUGGGGGGAGAGGGGGGCGUGGGAGGGGGGAGGGCACCGGACACACCCAACUCUUAGCACUACUGAGUGUCAUUUCAUUCCAUAGCUUAGGAGCAGCUUCGGCCUAGUUUUGGAUGGAACCAUUCCUACAAUGCGGGUACAUGUGAAUAGCGAAUUUUUUUGUAAAUUUCUCUGCUGAGG